UUCUUCACCACCGGCGGCACAAUGAAACGGAAGAGAAACAGAAUUUCUUCUUCUUCUGUCCAAUCUUGUUCACAACAAAUUGUUGCUGCAACUUUACCCGAUGACUGUUGGGAAACCAUCUUUAGAUUCAUCAUCAACCAUUACGACGACAAUCACAGCCUUCGCUACUUGAAUUCUCUAUCUCUUGUUUCUAAACGGUUUCUCUCCAUCACCAACCGUCUUCUAUUGUCAUACAAUGUCUCCGAAUUAAACUACCUUCGUCGCAUCUUGGUUAGAUUCACCAACCUCACUUCCCUUAACAUCAAAGGCUAUAGCUCUGAUCUCAACAAACUUCUCCGCAAAAUCUCUCGUUUCCCAUUGAAACAACUCACAUCACUCAAUAUCUCCAACCAACCCACUUUUCCCGCCAAUGGGUUACGAGCUUUUUCACAAAAGAUCACAACUCUGACUUCUCUCACUUGUUCCAAUAUGCAUUCUCCUAAUUCUCUCAAUCCCUCUCAUUUAUUCCUGAUCGCUGAAUGUUUCCCUUUGCUCGAACAACUUGACCUCAGCCACCCCUCAGGUGGCAAAAUUUACAGCAGUAGCUAUGUUGAUGGGGUAGAGGCUCUUUCACUUGCACUUAUCAAACUCCGCAAGGUUAAUCUUUCUGCCUUUCCAAUAAACGACCAAUCACUUUUUCACUUGUUCAAUAAUUGUAGGUAUCUCGAAGAGGUCACCCUGUCUUGGUGUGAUGAAAUAACUAGCCUAGGACUUGCUUCUGCUCUCCGUGAUAAACUAACAUUGAGGUCUUUAUCGUUUUCCACUGUGAAAGACCUCGAAAUGUUCAGUACUUCACAAUUUAUUGACUCCUUGGUGAGUUUAAAGGGUUUGACUUGUCUUGUUUUUCACAAUUUGAAUAUCUCAGAUGAAUUGCUAUAUUCCAUUGCAAGAGAAUGUCUUCCUUUGACGAGAGUUGGCCUGCUAGGUUGCACUGGCCAUAGUUAUGCUGGAAUCAUUGAUUUGUUAUCCAAGUGUCGACGUAUCCAACAUUUGGAUCUUCGAUAUACUGAUUUUCUGAAGGAUCAACAUGUUGUAGAGUUGUCAUCGUUUCUUGUUGAUUUGGUGUCCAUAAACCUUAGUUGUUGUCAUAAUCUCACACCAUCAGCCUUGUUUACACUCGCUAAGAACUGUCCUUCACUUAGUGAGAUCAAAAUGGAAAAGAUUGGGGGUAAGGCUGUAGGGAAUUCUGAUUCUUUGGGUGUAUACCCUCAAUUAAAGUCUCUCUACUUGGGUAAAAACUCAUGGCUAAGUGAUAAAAUCAUUACAAAGUUUGCUUCCAUUUUCCCCAAUUUGCAGCUACUUGAUUUGAAUAAUUGCAAUCGUAUAUCUGAAGGUAUUUGUCAAGUUUUAAGGAAAUGUUUUAAGAUUAAGCAUUUGAACUUGGCCGGUUGUUUGGAAGUGAAGCUACUUGGAAUGAACUUUGUUGUUCCCAAUCUAGAGGUGUUGAACUUGUCAUAUACAAAGGUUGAUGAUGAAACACUUUACGUGAUCUCGAAGAAUUGUCGUGGGCUUUUGCAACUAUUACUUGAAAAGUGUAAUGGUGUCACACAGAAGGGAAUGCAACAUGUGCUAGAAAACUGCACACAUGUUCUUGACUACUCUUUUAAGAUGAAAAAAAAAUAUAAGUCAUCUUAAUGAAGAGGUGUUGUCAUGAUGGAAGCAGGAUUGGACCCCAUAUCAUGUUAUUUUGGCUUCUUACAAGUAGCACUGUGAAUCUCUGAUACAAGAAACAUCAAAGUUACAAGCAGAGAUAAAUCAAAUUCUCCUAGCAAAAAAAGCAGAGGACCAUCAAAUGUUAUUGCUUAAGAUAGAAGUCUAACUGUCUAAGACAUGUUUUUUUUAUUUGAUUUUUGGUAUUUUAAUUUCUUUAACAGUCUUAUAUAUAUAGCUGCUAGUCAAUUACUCAAAGAUCAAGCAACUGUUUCCAACCAUCAAAUUUAAAUUUUACAUUAGUUUUACAGCUAGUUCUAUGGUGCGCGAAUGAAAUAGAUGUUAUACCACCAUACACAAGUUUAUCUUCAUUAUUGGAUCAAUAAAUUUCAAUUAUACACUUACAGUGCACAACAUUCACUACUAGAAAAAUAGCAUUUUCAGACGGAAUUUCGGACAGAUUUCUAGUAGUGAAUUAAACUCCUGAAUAUCUAUAUAUCAUAA